CUGGGAUUUCGAGCUGUUCCAGGAAACACAGAGUCUUUUAGAUCACCUCCGAAUUUUAGAGAUUGCAGCAUUUUAUUUCUUAGCUUAAGAUUCCCGAAUCUGGGUGGAUUGAGCUAUAUGCUCAGUGGAAUGUCUCUGCAAAAAUCUUCAUUCAGAAGCAUUAUGCAUUUUUAAGAAAAGGGGACGAGUCGCAAUUCAACCUUGACCAGCGCAUAUUCCGUCCAGUUUUCCAGCUCUCACAGCCCAAAGAAACUGAAAAAAACAACAACAAAGGCUGGCCUGAUCCACUUUUUAGAGCUUACAGUGCGUCUACUCCAAGAUGGCGGAGGUUAAAACGGCUGCCCAGGAUGGAGACUUGCUAGAGCCACUGCUGCGCCUGAGGCGACAGUUUGGACAUGUAUCUCACGGGACGCAGCAGCCAUCUCAAGGAUUUGGAGGAGAGACUCCAACAGCCGUUGAAUUUGCCGACACAGAGAAGAAAGAGAAACCCCUUCCAAGACUUAAUGUCCAUUCCGCUUUCUGGAUUGUGGCCUCCAUCGCAGUCACCUAUUACGUCGAGUUUUUUAAAGUUGUGAGAGAAAUGAUUCAGACGGAGAGCGGUUGGUUCAUCCUUGGUGGUUGGCUGUUGCUGGGGAGCUUGUCUGUCGCCUUCUACUGCAUCAUCUACCUCGAGUGGUACCAUGGGAUUGAAGACUACGACACAGCCUACCCGGCCCUGGUGCCCAUAACGACAGCCACUUUCGCUGCGGCAACCGUUUGCUUCAAUGUCGCCUUGUGGUCCGUGUGGUCCUUUCUCACUCCUUUGGUGCUCUUCACUCAGUUCAUGGGGAUCGUGAUGCUUAUCUCACUCCUGGGAUGAACCGAGAAAAAACUAGGGGCUCCGGGGGCCUACAAGAGAACUGGAUUCCAUUCAAAUGCUGUCCUCCCAACUCACCCGUAUGCUAACCUGAAGAUCAAUAACAAAUCAAAACAACGAAGGGCACCUGAGCCAAGAUUCAGAGUCCUGUUGCAUUAAGCAGCUUGUUGCAAAAUGCUGAGACGUCUUUACUGACAUUUUAUAGAAUGCUAACGCAGCGUACUGCUAUCAUGAUUUAAACACUUUCAUGCCACUGUUUAAUACCAAUCUGGAAACAAGGUAGAUAUUAGAGUCAGGUGUGGGCCUGUUAACCAUUGCCCUCACGAGUGUGUGCAAGAAACAGCCAUGAAAUUUAGCCCGGCCACCUCAUGUCCAGAGGUCUCACCCAGGAACCCUCAGCUUUCGCAGCUUGACUUAAGUUGGCUUGCUGAGGAAAAAUGUCCCUUACUGGACCCAGUACUUUCAGCGCUAACCAAGGUAUGGCUUUUCUUCAGCCUAAUCCAUCAAUUUACCAGGACCUGCGUCCCAUGUUAAACUCAAGCCAAAGUCAAAACAUCAGUCAGAAUCUGUGACUUCCUUGGAACAGAAAUGCGCAAGCAAAUCAUCCUUAUUUCUCAUUAAGUUCCAUGGUUUCAUCCACAAAUAGCAAAGUCCAUCAACACUGGACUAUCUAUACCAGGGGUGGCCAAAUUGCGGCUCAUUCACACAUAUUGUGUGUGGCUGUUGAAGCCCCCACUCCAUCCCAUCGGCCGGCUUGGAGAAUGCAUUUAAAGUUAAAGCUGCUUUCUUUCCGCCCCUCCUUCCUCCCCCAUCUGUUUACUUUCCUUCCUUCCUGUGCUGCAGGCUCUCACAACAUGACACUCAUGUCUUGGGGCUCUCAAACAUUUGACGUUUAUUCUCUGUGACUCUUACACAAAGCAAGUUUAGCCACUCCUGCUCUGUACCAUCUGCAUUUUAAAAAGCGUUUCAGCCAUUUUCAAACAAGAGCUUUCUUUUCAAAGAUAAAGGCCUCAGGCAUAGAAUACUUCCAAUGUAGAAGUUUCUGUAUCACAAUUUUUAAAGCUGGGACGUUAAUAUUGGUCAUUACAACAAAAAACACAGAAAGCUUCUAACACUACAUGAAGAACUUAAAACAAAGAUAGGUAUUGUAGCUGCUCUGUUAACUUUUUCCUCACUGAAGUGAGGGGAAGUGCAUACACCCGGGCCUGUCUCAGGAUUGUUAAUUUCUCCUUUUCAAGGUUAAAGAUAAACCGUUUUCUAUUGUUUGAGGUAAUUUAAAUUCAGUAUUAGGAUCUGUCCUUUUUUUCCUCUCUCAAAGCAAAUAUGACCCGGAAUGAUUUGAGCGGCAGGUGGAAUAAAGCUUUCAGAAAUUCUUGUUGCAUUUCUAAAGGCAAAAAACAAAA